UAGAAAAUAGUAUUAAUUGAUGUAUGCAUCCUCUGUAUUCAGUGAGAAGAUAUUGUUGAUAAGUCUUCAAGACUACGACUGAUAAGGUGACUUUUUCAAAAGAUGGUCUGUCACACAACUAGUUUCUGUAGCACACCUCAGAACUCAGUAUUAUAUACCAAUUUGCUCCUCAUAAAUCUACCACAACAUGAUAGCGUAAAGGCUGAAUAAAUUGUCAAAUAAUUGUCACUCUCCUCGUUUUAUCUCCACCAAAUCUUGAAAUAAAUGCCCCCUGAAAAGGUGAUCUUAAAGCGGUAGUAGAAAAGCAGAGUUUGUGCGAUAUGGCAUCCAUUUAUUUGAACUCCGACGGCGGAUGGAAUGUAUACAUAUGUUUGUCUCAGUCUAUUUGCUUUUAAAAAUGCAUGAAAAAUUACAUGUUUAUUCAGGCGUUUCGAACGAAUGAUUUCAUCCAAAGAGUGAAUUAAAAAGACGUUAACUGCGCAGAGGAGACCCCGAGGUUUGUUUAUUUUGUGUGGGACAAAUGAACAGCUAAACAGUGCAAUGUUUAAACGAAAACUGACCAAUAUCCUGAAAAGGACAGACAACCAAGCGGCCGAUCUAUCGAACAUGCAAUGGAGUUCCCAGAGUUACACGUUAAAGGAUAUUGUGGACAACUUCAAACUGCCCCUGGUUGUGAAAUGUAGCGACACUACAUGCACGGUGAAUCAUGGAGACUUUCAGUUUGAUCUCGGGGAAUCUAUUUUACUUCAUUCCAGGAAAUGGACGCGGAAAAUCAAAGUGAGCUGUCUCCAGAGAGAUGCUGCCUCAGGACAAAUCACAGAAAUUCAACCCCACUACAUCAUACCAGAGGAACAUGAGGGCUGGUUUCAAAUAAUAGACAGCCCGGUGGAAAAGGCGACACCCGAUACCACUCUGGAAACAGUGGUGGAAAGCACAGCCGAACAGUUCCUGUCUGCCAAGAGUCUGAGCUGUUUGUCUUUGGUAACAUCAGACAAAGAGUCUCCUUCAUUUGUCAGACGACACAUAGACAGUGGUGAAGUAUUCACUGUAAGGGGGUUAUAUCAGGAGGAAGAUGAACAGAGAGUCCAAAUACGGAAUGUUUACAAAGAAAUUCAAAACCAUGGACACGCUCAAUCAACCCCUAAAUUUCUUGUGUGCACUGACGAGAAAGAUGAUCAUGUUUUGAUUGACACUUCACAGAAAGGAUGUUUUUACAGAAUAUUUGAAAGGGAAGAAAAUGGCCGGGGACUUCUGGGAGCUGAAGAUUUGAUUGAUAAAUCAGACAAGUUUCCUUUGUUAAUUAGACAUGUUUUCGGUGAAUUGCCAAUUGUGACGUCUUCAUAUUCAAGUGUCAUGAAAUGCAUCGACGUUGUCCAAGAGGAGUCGGCGUUGGCGGCAACUUUAAUUUCACAACCCCCUACUCUUUUAGAACUUCAGUGCAAAAGCCCAAUUCGUUUUAAAAUUUGCUUGAACGAAGCAAUAUUGAAAAAUUCAGAAUCUUGUACCGAGGCGUUGCAGAUGUGCCAAACUGAGGGCAAUGAUUUUUUGUCAGGUAUAAAAAUAGCCUUCACAAUACAAAAAGAGAGUAGUGGGUCCUUAGAAAAUAUCGAAAACAUAGCAUGCAUGGAAGAGAAAAUAAGCAAUUCUCUAUCCGAGACACAGACGACAGCAGCAACCGAUACGGAGGAAGUGACGUCAGUGUAUGACUCGAUCAGUGAGUACGGUGAAGAGGACGCUAACUCAGAAUUUUCGUUCGCGUGGACACCGGAACCCUUGAUUAAAAACAAAAAUAAUGUCAAGGAGGACAGGGGUAAAACGUCAAAGGAUGACAGGAAACCAACCGGCCCAAAGUUUUUCAAUAGUAGUCUGAACAGUCCGAUGUCGUCCAAGGAAAGCAAGCUUAACGCCUGGAACGAACAACCCGACGUUGUUUGAAUGCAACACGAGCCCAUUAAUCGUCUCAAGCCACGGUCCGGAGUCUCCUACAUGGGAGAGGAUCGUACAUUUUGGACGUAGUUUGCUACGAUGAAGUCAAUUCCAUCUUGAUUAAAUGUUUCCCAAAUGACCCAAAAUUUAUCUAUUGGAAAUUUUGUGGGAAUGGAAAUUUUAACAUACUAGUAUACAGUUUUCUUACUUUUGCCGAGACUUCAACAUUAUUUUUUAAAAAUUAUAGCAAAAUAACAACAUUGCGAUUUCUGUAUUUAGAGUAACGUAUUAUAUUCGUUUGAUGGCACCGAAACCUAAAACGAUUAUGAUCCCUUUUUUAUGUUUUUGUUUUCCUGUUGGUUCGUUUUUUAUCUCUUUUUUUUGUGUGUGUGCAUCAAUCAUUUGAUUUAUCAUUCUGAAAUAUCCUUAUAUUCUCACACACAAUAUUACAGUAUAAUAUUUAACCUCAACCUUUUAUAAAGUAAAAAAAAAGGAAUCCUGUGCAUUUUGUUUGGUUUAUUUUCUAACUCCAGCUCCCUUAUAACAAGAACACAAUAAAUAAAUGUCAAUUCUUUGUUCACCAACAACAUGAGCAUAUAAAAGUCAAUUACCUCUGAUAAAAAGAUGAUCACCAAUCAAGAGACAUACUCACUACAUACUAGUUCUGUCAACCCCUUGCAUACUUACAUAAUGGAGACAUAUACGUGUUAGAUGGAGACAUAUACGUGUUAAAUGGAGACAUAUAGUGUUAAUGUAGUAAACACGUGACCAACUGAGAUCAAAGAACAGCAAACAAAUGUAAAUAAAUCCACACAACUCUUGAAACCCAUUGAUUAAUACUGAAUUAUAAUCCAUGAUUAUGAUCGAAAUUAAGCUUUUCUGUGACCUUAUAUGAAAUUAAUUCUUUUAUAUCAUCUUCAUUUAUUUUCAUAUAAAAAGAAUAAACGAAUCGAACCCUUGGCUUGCUUUCAUCAUUUAGAUGCAGAUCUAUUUAUGCGAUCUGAUAGCCCCCACGCCCCCUUCCAAUAAAGUGACCAUUUAGACCUUGAAAUUACUGAUUUGAUUUGUUGAACACCACCCCUUCUUUAUAGGAAAAUAACGCUCCUGCAGGUUAAUAUUGAUAUAGUUACAGAUACAGACGUUUAUAUGAAAACGGAGUUAUUUUUAAGGAACGAAUUAAUUGAUGAUUUUAAUUACCGGUAUACAUAUAGAUAUUUGUUUGGUUCAGUAAUUAUCACACACAGACAAUGCCCAAUGUGUACAGUGUAUUCAAAAAGUCAUGCACUAGUAAUAUGACAAAACGGAAUACAAUUUGAAAUUUAAUUUGAAAUCGUUUCAUAAUAUUUGUCUGAUAUCUAUCUCCAUUUAAACAUUAUGCUAAUUUAUUUCAGAGAAAAAAAGCAAUUAUGAACCAAAUUUCACUGUCCUUAAUCAAGUUGAAAUCAUUUAACCUGACAAAAGAAAAUAUUUACAUGUACUAACAUCACACGUGUGAAAUCUUUUAAUUUUUCAAAUUCAACUAUUCAUGCCCAUUCCACUGGUCACAUUUGUUUCAACUAAAAUUGAAACUUUUCAAAGUACCACUAGACUAACCACUACAAAUAUAAAGAUUAAAACAAAAGGCCAAGUAUCCGGUACUCUUCACGAAGCACUAGCUUUACUCUGGCAGUCACAGGUUCCAAACCAUCAGGUCAUCAAUAACUUUGAAUAACCAAUAUUUUGUGGACUCUGUCUAUGAUGUACAUGUACACUGGGACAUGAUAUUUCAGAGAAUGAUAGAUACUUUUUGGUAUAAAAAAAAAACCCAUAUAAACACCAAUAAUAGAAUACCUGGUAAAUGAUUUUUUGUCCACUAGAUGAAAUGAUUUCAGAUGAUAUAAAAAGACUGUUAUUAAUCAGGAUAUUUCCUGUUAUUUACAUUCAACAAUUUAAAAAAAACCUCAAAAAAUGGAAUGUAAAAAUAAACAUCUGAAGUAAUGAAGAAACAAUGUUCAAACUGAACCCUUUUAUAGACAUAAAACUGUUUAAACUUUCAAUACCCAUAUGAAUCAUUUUGCAAAAAUGAGCAUCUUGCAUUUGAGAGGAAUAUCUUCAUAUACAUGUAUCAACAUAUUGAUGCAAUUCUGCAGGGUGAAACUGUACUUCAGUUUGAAAUGAUAAAAACUUCUGCUACAAAAAAUGACUACCAGAUCAAAAGUAUACAUAAAAUGUGAAAAAAAGGUUAAAAACACCAUACCCUUAAAAUCACACAACUCAAUAACUGUGGAAUGAGAAUUCAAUACAUUUUAAUGAAAAUGAACUCUGUUGAUCAAAACAGAGAUGUUGAUUAACCUAUAUAAAGAAAAAACUGCAACGGUAUAAAAAAAAAUUGUCGUUUUAAAGAACUUCAUACACUGAUGCGCUAUUAGACUAGAUUUCACAUCCUGUGUUCAGAUACGAUGAGGGAAGAAAUUAAAGCAUUUUUCUGAUAUUGCAAUGGAUUAUAGAAUUAAACACAAUGCUGAAGUUUCAUCAAUAUUUGUUGAAUACCAAUUUUCAUGGAUUUCUUUGUUGAAACCAUCCAUAAAAUUACAUGUUCAUUAAAGUGCAAUUUCUACUGUAUAUUGUAUUGAGAGGAUCACUGAAAUCCUUGAAACUGUAAUUUUCACCAAAUCCAUGUAAAUUGAUACCAACGAAUAAAUAAAAGCAAAGUACUAACAAGAAAUAAUUUGGCUUUAAAAACCAGUUUUUGGAAAACAGGUUUUAAAAUGGCACUUUAUAUCAUUCUCAAUAUCAAAAGCAGGUGAUAAAAUGUUGUUUUUUGACACCUAAUGUUUGUUGACCAUACAGUAGGAACCUUUUUGA